GGAAGAGAAACUUCAGUUUAAAAAGUCAGCAGAGAUCAGUACGGAGAGAAGAGUGAAGACAAGCAAGACAAAACAGUUAUUCUGUGGAGUAAGAGCCUGAAAGUGUUGAGCACCGAACAUCGAGGAUGUUUGUUCUCAUCUGGGCAGCUCUGCUUUUCUCUGUGAGAGGCAGUAAUGCUGGCACAGGUUCCUCAGCCUCAGAACACUGUGACAGAGAAUACUGUGUUACUCUCAGUGAGCAAGAACUAAGAGCAGAGGCUGGACUCUGUGUUGUGAUCCCGUGCUUUUUCAGGACUGCUGCUGACUUUACCCCCAAACAUAUAGUUUGGUUCAAAUGUGAAGCAUCUACUGAAAGAUGUGGUGAUGCUGACAUAAUAUUUCACAGCAACAAAAACACAAAGAAAAAGCCUCAGGCUGGAUUUGAAGGACGAGUGUCACUUUUGGAGCCUGAUGUGAGUCAGAACAACUGCAGCAUCAUCAUUAAUGAUCUCAAACAGUCUGAUUCUGGAUCAUAUCAGCUCAGAGUUAAUGGUGAAUGGAAUGGGCAACAAGAUAGAUUUACAUUCCUUACAAAAGCAGCUGUCUCUGUUACAGGUCUCAUUCAGAAGCCCACAGUAACGAUUCCCACACUGACAGAGGGACAGCAGGCCACACUGACCUGCACUGCUCCUGGUCUCUGCUCUGGAUCUGUUCCUGAAAUCACCUGGACAUGGAGAGGAGCAGGAGGGACUGAAUCUCACAUUACAGAGAACAUCACUGCUUUCAAGACUGAGAAUCUGACAGCUUUCACACAGAGACACACCUCAACUUUGACCUUUAAUGCGUCAGCUGAACAUCACAACUCUGAAAUCACCUGUAAAAUCGGCUUCACAGGUGAAACAACUACAGAAGAGACUUCAGCUUUGAGAGUGAACUAUGUGAAGGAAGUUAAAAUCACUGGUGUUACACGUGUGAGGGAGGGCGAGGCUCUGAAUCUGACCUGCAGUGUUGAAAGUUUCCCUCCAUCUCUGAUUAUGUGGAAAAAUCAUAGUUCCAACACAGACCACAGUGACACUGGAUCAUCUACACUUGUCAUCAGUAAUGUGACAGCAGAACACUCUGGACAGUACGUCUGCACAGCUAAAUAUAUGAACAACACCCUCAAGGAUGAAGUCAACAUAACAGUGAUAUAUAAAAGGAAACCUCAGAUUAUUGGAAAUACAACUGUUAAGGAGGGAGAUGUUCUGAAUCUGACCUGCAGUGUUAAAAGUUUCCCUCCAGCUCUGAUUGUGUGGAAAAAUCAUAGUUCCAACACAGACCACAGUGACACUGGAUCAUCUACACUUGUAAUCCAUAAUGUGACAGCAGAGCACUCUGGACUGUACGUCUGUACAGCAAAACAUCUGGACACAACUGUGACGUCAUAUGUUGAAGUGAUUGUGACUUGGUUUUCAAAGAUCCUCGAUGGCUCUGGAUGUGUGCGUCAGUCAGAGGUUUUGACCUGUGUGUGUAUCAGUGAAGGGUUUCCUUUACCUACCAUUAACUGGCCGCUCCUGAAGAACCACACUGAGUACUCUGUCAUUACCACUGUGACAAACCACACAGUCAACAGCACUGUCAGUCUGAGUGUAAGAAACCAUGGCAACAGCACUGUUGAAUGUGUCAGCAACAAUGGAAAUGGAGAAGAAAGAGAAAACCUGAUCCAGAAAAACCUGUCUGGUAUUGCAGAGCAGUCGUCUGGUUUUAGUCUGGGAUACCUGAAAAUCAUCAUUGCAUUUUUGACUGGGGUACUUCUUUCAGCAAUCAUUUGUUUGGCCAAAAAUUACUGCAGCAGAAAAAAACGGACGAGCUCUCAAAAUUCAGAUCAGACUUCUGAGAUGGAGACACGUCGAGAUGAUCAACUGGUGUAUUAUGGUCAAGCAUUACGCGACCAUCUGACCCUGAACUCAAACAGUGGGCCAACAGGAGUGGUGUAUGCCAACAUUAAUUUAUCCCUGUUGAAAAGAAACCCUGGCAGGGAGGCAACAAGGAGGCAAGAGAGCACAAAGACAGAGUAUGCUGAAAUUAAGAAAGCACUUAAAGAAGAACAGGAAAAUGAUGCUGUGGAGGAAGAAGAAAUUUCCUGUGCUAAAGAGGAGAAGCUGAUGGUGGAGUUGGAGAUGAAACAAUGUGAACCUGAAAACAAGGAAGGAGGAGAUGAGGCAGUGUACGCCACUGUGAAUGAUAUAACUGAUGAAAUUUGAGGAACGUUUGAU